AUGGCAAACGACUCCCAGCAUCCUGACGCCGAACCAAAGUUGUCCGUCGGGCAUCAUGAGCUGGGCCAGGCCAGAGUUGUCCUCAAAUCCGAUCUUGACACUCUUGGUAUCUGGGAGACGGUGAAGAAAUUCAAAAAGGCUGUCCUCGUCUGCAACCUUCUCUGUUUCGCCGCCGCUGCUGAUGGAUACCAGAUCAAUCUCAAUGGAAACGUGAUCGCGAACCAAGGCUUCAUCCAACAUUUCGGUUUCAAGAACGCACAGGGCCGAUGGUAUCUCGAAGCUCAGUAUACUGCCCUAUGGGGGGCCAUGCAAUCCUUAGGCCAGCUGAUCGGGAUGCUGCUGCUCAAUCCCAUCUCGGACAGAAUCGGCCGCAAGGCCACACUGUACGUUCUCUGGGUCAUCCUCGCCGGGUCGCUGCUGAUCGAGACCCUCGCUCGUGACUGGAGGGACUGGACUGGUGCGAAGAUCCUGGCGGGUGUCGGAAUAGGUGCCAUACAGGCUACUCUGCCCAUCUAUGUGACAGAGUGGUCUCCUGCGAAUAUUCGCGGAGCCAUGGUCCUUGUAUAUGGGUUUUGGAAUUCGUUUGGGAAAUUCUUGCCCCCAAUGGUGCUUCUUGUCGUCCAGAACGCCAACCCGUUGGAUUUCAGGGUGCCUAUCCUGACUCAAUGGGGUUUCCUGGGUAUCAUGCUCCCCAUCUUCAUUUGGCUUCCGGAAACACCAGCCUACUUUGCCGCGAGAGGCAUGGACGACAAGGGCAAAGCAGCACUGCGCCGGGUGAAUGGAGGCAUUCCAACGUACGACGUCGAGGCUGAAUACGCCAUCAUUAAGAACACUAUCCUAGAAGAGCAGCAGAUAUCAGAAGAGACGAACCCCCAAAACAUCAGCGGGAUCGUGCGCUCGUACAUUGACUGCUUCAGGGGCCCCGACCUGUGGCGGACAAUCGGCUCGACCUUGCCAAGCUGUGCGCAGCAGCUGACGGGGCUUGCCUUCCUGAAUACCUACGCCAGCUUGUUCUUCAAGCGGAGCGGGUUCAACAAUGCGUUUCUGGUGACUACCAUCAUGGCCAUCCUCUCCCUCAUCACCGCCACCGGUCUCAUGCUAGCAGUUGAUAGGUUCGGCCGCCGGCAAGUUGUCAUCGCUGCCUCCAUCCUCUGCUCCCUCGCGCUUCUGGUGGUCGGCGUCCUCGGCCAGGUCGGUCACUCAAAGCCGCUGCAGGACUUCCUCAUUUUCGUCGCCUGUCUCUGGGCCCUCGGGAACAAUGCUCUCGGACAACUCGGCUGGGCCUUCGUCGGCGAAGUAGCCUCACAGCGCCUGCGCGCGCGGACCGCCGGCCUGGCAGCCGCCAUGUCGGUCGUGUUCGGCCUGACGUUCAACACGGCCGUGCCCGUGAUGCUUGACACCGAGGGCGCUGACUGGGGAUACGACACGGCCUGGCUGUUCUUUGCCCUUGGGUCCCUCGUCUGUGUCAUGGUCUGGUUCUUCGUGCCUGAGCCGUCGCAGCGCAAUUAUGCCGAGAUGGAUGAGAUGUACGCCAAUGGCGUCCCCGCGAGGAACAUGAGGAGGUACGUCACCGAGGUGCAGCUUGCACAGCAGCAGCAGAUCGCGGAGGCCGAGAAACUCCGGUAG